UUCGCUGGUUGCAGUAGUGUCGUGACGCCGGUCGAGAGUAGACCUUCCUGUUCUGGUGCUGAUGUCGCGUAGCCGUACAGUAAGGUGGCUACUGCGUACUUUUUAAUGUCAGUGUCUCGUUCGGUGGCGCGUUGAAAUUGCAACCGACCAGCCUUCCAUAGGCGCAGCUAUUGCGCACAGCCUGAACGAACAACCGCAGAACUUCAGUCAACUUGUAUAAGUACCCAAAGUGCAACGCAGCCACGCUAUUAUCACUGGUAGGCGCAUGAUAUGACACAGUCUCGCGAGGUACUGGCAAUGAUGGAUGCCCACACGACGACAUUCGGACGUAAACGCGGCUGCACGAUUUCCCGUUGCGGCGCCUUCUUGCUUGGGACGUUAUUCCUCCUGUCCCUCGUAAUCACGGCCCUCUUGGUCUACCAUUUUGCACCGUGUGCGGAUGGCGCUUUAGGGCGGCAACACGACGCAAGCGACUCUGGACUCUUCGCUGGCAGAGGAUUCCUGGGAGCAAAUUCUGUGUCGACGAAACUCGACGUCAGGCUGCCGAGAUCCGUCGUCCCAGUUUUCUACCGAUUGGAACUAACUCCCUUCAUUUGGGAGGGAAAUUUCACCUUCAAUGGAGAGGUGAAAAUCGUUGUCAACGUGACCGAGGACACGAAGAAUAUCACACUUCACGCCGUUGACAUGAAGAUCGACGAGGCAGCAACGACGGUGCAGAUGCACCCACCCGACAAUAAUGGAACGAUACGAAAUAGAAUGGAGGACGUUGGAAUUGACAAGCAAACUAACGACACGCUGAGGCAAUUCCACGUCAUACACACAGCAGGCAUGCUGAAAGCUGGCAAACAAUACACAGUGUAUAUCAAGUAUGUCGGGUACCUCAACGACUAUCUCCAAGGAUUCUAUCGGAGUUCCUACACCGUUGGAAAUCAAACCAGGUGGAUCGCCACUACACAGUUCCAGCCUACGGAUGCUCGACGUGCAUUCCCUUGCUUCGAUGAGCCCGCGCUAAAGGCAGAGUUUGAAAUUCACAUUGCUCGUCCGAAGAACAUGACUUCUAUCUCCAAUAUGAAUGGUACCGUUGACACUACGCCAAUAGUCGGCUUACCCUCGUAUGAAUGGGAUCGGUAUCAACGAUCUGUGCCCAUGUCCACGUAUCUAGUGGCAUUUGUUGUGUCAGAUUUCGCGACCCAAAGAUCGGAUGAUGGCAAGGUCGGCGUUUGGGUUCGUAGCGAGGCCCUUGAUCAGGCCAAUUACAGUCUGAAAAUCGCGCCGCAAAUAUUAAAAUACUUCGAAAAUUACUUCGCAAUUGAUUUCCCACUGCCGAAAAUGGACAUGGUGGCUUUACCCGAUUUCUCGGCCGGUGCGAUGGAAAACUGGGGACUUAUUACGUACAGAGAGACCGCAAUGCUGUACCAAGAAGGCGUAUCCACAAACAGUAAUAAGCAACGCGUGGCAACAGUCGUGGCGCACGAACUUGCCCACCAAUGGUUCGGCAAUUUGGUAACGCCGAGUUGGUGGACGGAUCUUUGGUUAAACGAAGGUUUCGCAAGCUACGUCGAAUACAUCGGCAUGAACGCCGUUGAGCCAUCCUGGAAAGUCCUGGAACAGUUCGUGGUUCACGAGCUGCAGAACGUGUUCGCAUUGGACGCCCUGGCAUCAUCGCAUCCAAUAUCUGUCGAGGUUGGCCACCCGGAUGAGAUCAGCGAAAUAUUUGACAGAAUUUCAUACGGAAAAGGUGCUUCGAUAAUUCGCAUGAUGGAUCAUUUCAUCACUACUAAUGUUUUCAAAAGAGGACUGAGUAAUUAUUUGAGAGAAAGAGCUUACCAAAGCGCCGAACAAAACGAUCUCUGGGACGCACUUACGAAACAAGCGCACAAAGAUGGAGUAUUGGAUAAAAGUAUAACAAUCAAUGAAAUUAUGGACACGUGGACACUUCAAACUGGCUUCCCAGUAGUCACAGUUAAUCGAGAUUACAAUAGGGGAAGUGCAACAUUAACGCAGGAACGAUUUUUACUUCAAACUAGUACAACAGAAGGCUCAGAUGACAAACCUUUAUGGUGGAUACCUAUUACUUACACCUCACAGAACGUGCUCAACUUUAAUGAAACAACACCAUCGCGCUGGAUGCAGGCUGAACCAACAAUUACUCUGUCAAACUUGAACACAGCAGCCAACGAAUGGGUGAUUUUCAAUGUCCAAGAAACUGGAUAUUACCGAGUUAAUUACGAUGAGCAAAAUUGGCGCCUGAUCAUCCAAGAGUUGAACAAAGCCUCUUUCAAAAGUAUCUCUACCAUCAACCGAGCACAAUUACUAGACGAUGCUCUGAACCUGGCACGAGCUGGUAGACUCGACUAUGCGACAGCUUUGGACGUAACGUCCUACCUCGCGCACGAAACUGAAUACCUUCCAUGGAAAGCUGCUUUCACCGCUAUGGGUUAUCUGGAUAGAAUGCUUGUCAAGACUGAAGGAUAUGACAGAUUUAGGAUCUUCGCACUCAAGCUGCUAGAUAAUAUCUACAAGCAGACCGGCUUCAAAGAUAUUCAUGGAGAUCCACAACUGACCGUUUUCACUCGAAUUGACGUCCUGAGUUGGGCUUGCAGCUUGGGACACAAGGACUGUGUACAAAACGCGGUAACGCAGUUCCACAAUUGGCAGAUUACGCCAAAUCCAGACAAUAAUAACCCCAUAUCGCCUAAUUUGAAAAGCGUCGUUUACUGCACUGCCAUUCGAGUUGGAGGCCAAGCCGAAUGGGAUUUCGCUUGGGAACGCUAUCAGAAAACAAACGUUGGAUCCGAAAAAGAUCUGCUGCUUCACGCCCUUGGAUGUACCAGGGAAACCUGGAUCCUGAGCAGGUAUUUGAAUUGGGCUGUGACGGAGAAUUCUGGUAUCAGAAAACAGGAUGCCGGUAGAGUGUUUGGCUCCGUUGCCAACAACGUUAUUGGUCAACCGUUGGCCUUCAACUACUUAAGAAACCAAUGGAAGCGCAUAAAGACAUAUUUCGGAACUUCACUUCUGACGAUCAACAAUAUCAUCAAGUCAACGACGAAGAACAUGAACACAGCAUAUGAACUGAAAGCACUGUACGAGUUUGAAACAGAACACAGCGCAGAACUGGCGAUAGCAAGAAGAGCGGUGCAACAGACUAUAGAGCAAACAGAAGCGAACAUCAAAUGGCUUGAUAAAAAUCACGAAACAAUUCUCAAUUGGUUAAAGAGAGCGACAGCCUAGUCUGCAGAGUGCAAGGUCUAAAACUGGGGAAAUGUGAUUUCUACACGAGUGCGAGCGACCAAAUAACACGUCGAUGUUUAAAAUUAAGCAAACGACUAUUAUUGUUUAUCGGCAAACAAACUACCGUUAAUGUUCUCGUGGUGGUAUUUAAAUUUUUGUAAGUAUUUGUAAAUAUAUUGUAUUGAUAUAUACCUGUAAACAUGUGUAUUGUGUGACCUGUACUUACUCAUGCAUUUUCACUAUUAGCGUAUAUAUUUAUUAGAAGUAGAUUGUAUCUUAAUGAAAUAAUUUCGUUAAAAAACAUUCAAAUCAUUUGACUGAAAAUGUUUGAAUAAGGAUUCUGAAAGACUGUUUCUUCAACAAGCAUAAUUGUAGAGGUUUUCGGACAAAUUAUCUUUAUAAGUAACUUAGAAAUAUCUACCAUUUCUCAGACUCUCGUACAAAAAUCUGUAUUUUUGUAUAAAAAUUAACUUAUUUUUUCGUUCAUACCUGUCAAAUUGUUUUUAAUUGAAAAUUCCGCACAUUACCCAAAGAAUCACACGCAUAGAGAAUGAUAUAAUAUCGUUGUUCAGUCCUGGGUUGAAGUGGAAUAGGUUGGUUAUAACAUGAUUGCUAGUUUCUGAUAACCUAUUAGAAAAAGAAGGUAUCCAGAAUUUCGAUUCAAGUUGAAUCGAUACCUAUUCCUAGAAAUUUUCUUGAGGCGAAAAAUCAAGAUAGAGACUCCAAUAUGGCGGACGCAAAUUUCAAAUUUAUUCAAAUUCGGUCACAAAACUCUAUCCAGAUGUUUUCGGGGUCGCUGAUUGGAUUCGUCGUACUGAGUUUUCAAAAUCUGAUUUCAAAUUCAUAAUCAGCGACCUCAAAAACCCUUGGACAGAGUUUUUUCUCCGGAUUCGAUCGAAUCUGAAAUUUUCGUCCGCCUAAUUGGAUCCGCUAUCUUGAAUUUCUUAAAUCCGAUUUCAAUGACCCCAAAAACUUACAUUUUAUGUAAAAAAUUUAUUUGUGUAGAGGAGUAAUUUUCUCAAAGAUGAAUUACUCCUUGAAUUAUCACGAUUUCAAUGAAUUUGUUUCUAACAACAAUAAUUUCCAUUAUACCGAAACCUAUUAGUAUACUAUCCGAAGUAGCAGAAAAAAAAAGAAAUAUGUUGAAAAGUUCUCUAAAUAUAUCAAAAAUGGAUAUAAAAUAGGUGGUAAGCAUACUUACCACUAUGAUUCAAAGGGUUAAAGUUAUUAGCGAUAAGAGUUUGCUCCUUGCGAAAAUAGCUAAAAAAAAAUUUGUAUAAAUUGGGUGACUAUCCGUCUGAUCUUUCUUCGUGAUUAAACUGCUGGAUUAAAAGACCUCGAUAAAGUGCUCUUGAACUGUUUUCAAUAUUGAAUCCAGAAAAGUAUGAAAAUAAUUUCUUGAAAUGCAAGACAUUACUCAGGUAGGUUUAGCUUAUCUUAAAAAUAUGUUUUUUUUUUCGACCAGGUAUAGACGUUAGCUUUUGUAAAACUACAAAUCUUUCUAGAAGGAUAAAGUUUUUGGUUCAUGUGUAAGAAGCACGUCAAAGCCUGUGACUUUUUUCCGGGAUCAGAUGCAAUGUCAGAAAAAUGGGAUGAGAUCCGAGACAUUUUUAAUAUUCAAAAUGGUGGAUAUUAUAUGAGCGAACAGGAUCAAUUUUUAUAUCUUCAGUACGCCAUACUGGAUCCGCUAUUUAGAAUCUUGAAAUUUUAACGUCGGGUUCGUUUUUAGCGAACCCAAGAUUACAGAGUUCCACUUUUCUAGUCCCCAUAAUCUUCUCACAAUUACAUUUAUUCUGUAAAAGCAGGCAUUUUCAACACUGUUUAUUUUUGGCGCUCACGAUAUUCCCGGAAGCAUCAUAAUCCCUUUUAAAACAUGAAGAUUGACAUUGUACAAGCCCAAUUAUGCACAAAAAAUGACUUUGACAUCUCAAAAAUUGAAUAUAAGUCUUAAAUAAUCGAUUCAAAAAGAGUGUCUCAAAUAAUAGACGCUGUACCGCAAAGGUUUCAAUAACGUACAAAAAAGGAUAUUCAUCCCAGUUUGUUUCCGGAGUUUUUCAGAGUAAUUUUGUAUAGUUCGAGAGUUGGACUGGCUUCAUUUUAAUGUAAAUAAUAACAUAUUUGCUUGUGCAGACCAUAGAAGGUCGGUUUCAGUCUGCCAUUUUAAACAAAAGGUACAGAAAGUCCUGAUGCUGCUAAUGCCUAGAUUCUAAUUGCUACAACGUAAAAAAAGCUUGAAAAUUUUUAGACACGAUUUAAUCAUCUGUACGAUUACAUCUAUAAUCCAUAUGAUGGUGUACUUGCAAUUGUUUUAAAAAUUCGUAGCAGAAACUUGAAUAAAUUGGAUUCCUCACACGGUGUUUGAAGUGGAAACCGUCACAUGCUGUGAGGCAACUCUAAGACUUAAUCUAAAAAACCCUACAUUUCGGGAGGCUUUUCAUAUCGCAGAAACUAAUGUUUGGAAAUUUGAUACAGUUUGACACGAGAUAUUCUUGGUUUUCAGGAAGUCUGAAUUUUGAAUACUCAUGUCGGCAUUAAUGUAUAAGUAGGAAUGUUACUUGGGUUUGUAUAUAAACUAAUAUAAGUUCGAAGAAAUCACCAAUACAGAGGUAUCGAUGUCAAAUGAAUUCACUAUACAAACAGAUUUCAUAUCUUCAUAUUUGAAUGUAAUCAUCGUUAAAUUUGAUAACAAGUAUAAUACAAAUAUUUAAGAUAUUUCAAAUUUAACAAUAGAAUACCUAUAUAAACAUAUAUGAAACGAUUUAAAACUUAUACUAUUUGAUAUAAUUAUAUAAAAUUUAUACACCUGUCGAAAUUUAAAAUAUUCAGUUAUCACUGCAUGUGGCUCACUAUAGACGACUCAUGUAACACAAUACAAGCUGCAGAAAUUUCACCUAUAUGCUUCAAUGUAUAGAUCUAUUUAGUAAAUUUAUCUAUUUACAGUAAUAAUGGCUAAUUUACCCAAUACAAAACUAUGUUUUUUCAUGACAACAGGUAAACGUGAAACUUUUUUUUUUUGCUCAUAUUUCAAACUUCCGGGGAUCAUUUUUGGGCAACAGUUGAUGAGAUAGCAAACACGCAGUCAUUUUAACAUACUAACGCCAUCUCUGCAUCAGAAUAGUAUUAUAAUUUUGUAACGACUAGAUUUGAGACAUAAAUGACAAAAUUAUUAUAGAAAUUUCGUCGAAGUAAAAUUACUACCGAUCUAGUAAUAUGAAGUAUUCUCAGUAAUAUCGUUUCUUACGACAGUAUUAAUCAAUUUUUGGAGUUAUGUGUGAAGUUUAAUAACGCGCUUUGUUGAUAAUAGUCGAGCCAGAAUUUAAUGAUUCAAUCGAAAAAUGAAGUAUCCACAAGUAUUUUUCAUUAUUAGUGCAUACUCUAGUACUUCAAUACUCCAGUAGUAAUUUUCCGUAAGAGCAAUAUUUGUCGAAUAUAAAGAUGCUAAAAUUUGAAACCUACGAAAUACAGUGCCAAUUUGACUCCAACUCUUUUUACUAUCCGUAAUCGCUUGCAUGGCAUGUACAUGCAUCAUGGCAUUUUAGGCAUUCGAUGACUAGAGAACUUUACUUACUUAA